AUGAAUACACCUCCUGCAGAUAUUGCUCCAACAUUACCACCACCACAGCCUAUCUCACUCAAUGACAUUCUUACAAAGUAUACCGAGAAGCCUGAUCUGCUUGAAUUGAUCCUUCUAAGCAAGGUGGAGGAAGAUCGUCGACGAACAGAAGAAAUCAAAUUGCGUAGCAAGCAAAUUGAUUACAUGUUGCAAAAGCAGCAUCCAUCAUCUUGUUGUUCUUCAUCAUCGCCUUCCAUGACACACCCACCAGCAUUGCGACAACAACAACAACCCACAUCAUCAUCACCUUUACAUCCUCCUGUUAAUAUUCGAACGCCUUCUCCCGAUCCACAACAGCAACAAAAUAAUGUAUCUCCUACCUCUCCUACACAAAGCCAUUCGUCGCAAUACUAUCCACCAUCACCCCCAUCCACUAGCCACUAUGUGGCAGACAAACCAACAUCAUCAUCAUCCCAUGCAUCAUCAUCAUCAUCAUCACCCCUUUCAACGAAGCCUGGCCAAUCAUCGGCAGCAACCAACACACCUUCCACAGCAUCUCUUGUGCAAGCCAAACGCCGACGACGACGGCAAAAAAUGCAGGCGGUGACAAAGACGGUCGAAACCCGCGACUUUCCGUAUCAUGAUGACUACUUGUGGAAGAACAAUGGCAACACUGUUCACAAGGCAUCAGGAACAAAGAGCAUCUAUUAUAAAUGUGCCAAUCAUCCAAAGGGUUGUCCUGUCAACAAGACUGUGACAUUCAAGGAACAUGGUCAAUAUCUGAUCAAGUAUCGUGGAGAGCAUUUGAAUACAUGUCACCGAAUAAAGCGUGUUAUUGAUGUUUGA